UUUUCGGUAUGAUUAGCUUAUUUUCGUUUCAAUGAUUGAGUUGCCUUGCAGCGAGGACUCUUAACUGCUGAAAACUUGAGAGUCAGGAAAGCAAGAGAGGGAGAGAGAAAGAGAAAAGAAGAUGAAGUCUCUGAACGACAAUAACAAUGACAGCAAUAAUAACUGGCUUGGCUUCUCCCUUUCGCCUCACAUGAACAUGCAGGUGGCUACUGAUCCCAAAAACCGUCAUCAUCAGUGCCCUCAUCAUAGUCAAGCUUCUGCCCCUGUAUCUAAUGGUGUUCCUACCAGCUUCUACUUGUCUUCUCACCUCAAUGGCUCUGGAAUCUGCUAUGGAGUUGGUGCUAGUGGAGGCUUUCACGCUCCUUUGUCUGUUAUGCCACUUAAGUCAGAUGGCUCUUUAUGCAUCAUGGAAGCUCUCUGCAAUAGAUCACAGUCAGAAGGGAUUGUUCCUACUUCGUCUCCAAAACUGGAGGACUUUCUGGGUGGUGCAAUUAUGGACCCUCAUCAAUAUGGAAGUCACCAACGAGAAACAAUGCCACUCAGCUUAGACAGCAUGUACUACCACCAAGAUGCGAAUCAGGAACACAACCAGCUGUAUUCUCUGGACCUUCUCCAAGAACCCUUUAGAAAGCAAGAACAAGACUUUUCUGUUCAAACUCACCACUACUUUUCAGGACUUGCCUGCCAAGCCAUGUUUCUUUCGCCAUUGGAGGACGAAACCAAGGAUACCCAACUUGCAGACUGUGAUUCCCAGAUUCCUCCAUUGGGAGAAGAAACAUUGCCUUACUUUAAAAACUGGGUAGCUUCUCACUUCUCUACCCGUGGAUCAAUGGAACAACAGAUGACUAGUAGCAUGGUUGAUGAUGGAGCAGCUUCCGGCUUCGUCUGUCCAAUGGGUUGUGGGGACUUGCAGUCCCAAAGUUUGUCGAUGAAUCCUGGUUCCCAAUCCAGUUGCGUUACAGCUCCGAGGCAGAUCUCACCAACUACCGCUGAAUGUGUGGCCACGGAAACAAAAAAAAGAAGGCCUGAAAAGGUUGGUCGGAAGCAAACUGUUCAUAGGAAGUCCAUUGACACUUUUGGACAAAGAACAUCCCAGUAUCGGGGUGUCACAAGACAUAGAUGGACGGGUAGAUACGAAGCUCAUCUGUGGGACAACAGUUGCAGGAAAGAAGGGCAAACAAGGAAAGGGAGGCAAGUUUAUCUAGGGGGCUAUGACAUGGAAGAUAAGGCUGCCAGAGCUUAUGAUCUUGCUGCUCUCAAGUACUGGGGAUCUUCCACGCAUAUAAAUUUUCCGCUUGAAAAUUACCGUGAAGAACUGGAAGAAAUGAAGAACAUGAACCGCCAGAAAUAUGUUGUCCAUUUACGGAGGAAAAGUAGUGGGUUCUCGAGAGGGGCCUCAAUGUUCAGAGGAGUCACUAGACAUCAUCAGCGUGUAAGGUGGCAGGCUCGCAUUGGCAGGGUUGCUGGAUACAAGGACCUUUAUCUGGGAACAUUUAGCUUUAUCUGGGAACAUUUAGUAAGUUGUCAUUAG